GGGGGUGGAUUAUCUUGGCAAAAGGCAAUUAUCUUGCUCACUAAACAGGGAUGGAAACACAUUUGUGUGCAACAUUUUAGAGAAAUAAGCCUUUUGUGCAUAUGUAAUAUUUCUAGGAUAUUUUAUUUCAGCUCCUGAAACCAACACUUUAUAUGUUGCGUUUAUAUUGUUGUUCAGGUUAAAUUCCUGUUUAAUAUGGAUGCAUAUACACCGAGUGUACAAAACACCUUUGUAAUAUCGAGUUGCCCCUCAAUGAAGGACUUUUAUUUUUAAAAACGAACAGCAAAUUCCCCUAUUGUGGCUAGCUUCACAUAGGUGCUAGCUAGCGCUAUCACCUUCAAACUACUUAGCACGUUCACAUACUUGCCAUUGUAUAAAGAAAGAGACGACCAUGGCGAAUUGUGACUAUUUACAAACUCAGCUAACCUCUGUUUUGAACUCGCUUGUUAAAAUUGCGGUCGUGGAACUACUGCGAAUUGUGGAGGAUAGCGCCGUUGAACUUCGUCUGGAGGUGUCCAAGAGUAAAUUUGAGAACGAAGCACUGAAAAUUGAGAACGAGUCUAACAAAAACAAGUUACAGAGUUUGGAAGCAGAACUGUGGACAGCGGGAAAUCGACCAUGUUCCAUGUGUUAUCGUUGUGUUGGAACUCCAGCUCGCGGUAAAGGUGGAUGCGUCAGCCCCAAAAGAGAUAGAGAUGCUGCUGGUCCUCCUAAUUCUUCAGAGGAGGACAAUGCAUCACCAUGGUUGCAACAAUCUGCUCAUACCAUUGACGAGACUACAGCAGCCAUGGAGAGGGAUGGGAUUCAAAUCGUUGUCAUUAAGAAUGAAGCGGGGCAUGAAGGCACACAUAGGAAGAAGGACCCACAGGCUGGAAUUUCAACAGAAGGUGAGCAGCCAUGUCCCAAAGUGGACAUGGUGUAUGGCAAGGAGUGGAGCCAAAGCCUGUGGCGAGACAGAGAUGCUGUCAAGGAGGACUCUGCAGGACCAUCGGUGACCCAUCGACAGUGGCUUACACCUGGGCAGUCAAGCUCUGUGGACUUACGAAAUCUGCGCCGGCGCCGAAGAGUAAGAACUCAACCGCACCCGCAAAGGAGAGGGACCUACCUCAGGUACACCCCCGAGCAAAGGGCCAAGAUUGCGCGGAUGUGCAUGGAGGUGGGUGCACAGAUGGCCGCAGCCAUGAUGUCUGAGGAAUUGGGAAGACGCAUCAGCCCCAACACUGUGAGGUCCAUGAGGAUCAGCUACGAACAGACGGUCGAAAGCAUGGGCGUCCAGAAAGUGGAAGACCUACCCCAUUUGAGGCCAUUCAGAACAGACAUGUUUGAUGAGGAGAUUACUCGCUUCGUAAUGGUCAAGACUGUUUCGGCUCAGAAAAGGCAGAGUGUUUGUGUAAAGAAGUCCGUCAUAGAAGAUGAACCUGCUGACUCAUCAGAUGCUGGUACCCAGCACCAGAACACCACUGAAUCCUGUGAUGUGGAGAAAAGUUGUGCAUUUGGAAGUUUUGAACCAGAAAGUUGUUUGAACUUUGAAGAAAACCACUUCUUGACUUCACCAGUCAACAUCAUGGUCCCGAAAUGUGUGAAGCUACCAGGUGCAGCAGUGGUCAUGGACACCCAAUUAGACAAGUCCAUGGACUUUGACAACAUGAACAACUCCGGAAGAAAGAAGAGAGGGAGAAAAAAUGGCCCCUGUAAAGGCAAUGUAAAUUACUGUUUUGUAUGUGGAGAGCCCCAAUCGAAGAUCUCCCGCCACUUGAAACAGCACGAGAAGGAAAAUGCUGAAAUUGCUUAUGUCUUAAGUCUUGACAUAGCUUCAAGACAGAGGAAAGUGUUGCUGGAGAAACUGAGGAACAAGGGAAAUUUCCAACACAACACUAACGUCGUAAAUAAGGGAUCCGGGUGUCUCAAAGUAAAAAGGAAACCCAAACCGAAUAGUGGCGCGAAGAGAUUUGAACCUUGUCUUUACUGUAAAGGUAUGUUCAUUUGGCAAGAUGUGCGGAGGCACAUGGGAAGAUGCCCUUGUAGACCUGAGGGGGGAGAUAAAAACCAAGAGCAUCAUUAUGGCAAGAAGCAGUACUUACAGAGCUGCUACACUGGACGAGUGAGCAGCAUGUUUAAUAAAAUUGAUGUGCAGCUCACACCUGACGGGGGGAUUAACUAGCACUUGUAUUUUUGCCUCACCACGCUGUCUUCACCCUCGUUUGGGUGCUAGCAAGCAUGCUAGGCAUCAACAGCCAAUCCAUUAGGGUCUAGAAGCUAUAGUGAGAUUAAAUUGUCAAUAGUGCUGCAUAAUCAAAUGUAUUUAUUAAGCAAUUUUUAUACAUCAGCAGGUGUCAAAGUGCUAUACAGAAGUCCUACCCAAAACUCCAGAUGGCAAGCAAUGCAGAAGCACGGUGGCUAGGAAAAACUCCCUAGAAAGGCAGGAACCUAGGAAGAAACCAGACUCUGAGGGGUGGCCAGUCCUCUUUUGUCUGUGCCAGGUGGCGAUUAUUGAGGCCAGAUUGUUCUCCAAAAUGUUCAAACGUUCAUAGAUGACCAGCAGGGUCAGAUAAUAAUCACAGUGGUUGUAGAGGGUGCAACAGGUCAGUGUAUUAAGAGUAAAUGUCACGACUUUUCAUAGCUGGGCAUUCAGAGGUCGAAAUAGAAGGUGCGGUAGAGAGAGGGAGAGUUGAAAACAGGAGGUCUGGGACAAGGUAGCAAAUCCGUUGAACAGGUCAGGGUUUCAACCACCAACUUAUCAUCCUGAGACAAGGUCGAGUAUAGCCCACAAAGAUCUCCACCGCACGAGCCCGAGGAGACGACAAACCGGACAGGAAGAUCACGUCAGUGACUCAACCCACCUAGGGACGGCAGGGAAGAGUACUAAAAAGCCAGUGACUCAGCCCCCGUAAUAGGGUCAGAGGCAGAGAACCUAAUGGAGAGGGGAAUGGGCCAGACUACACUCAAUCAUAGGACCUACUGAAGAGAUGAGUCUUCAAUAAAGACAAAGGUCGAGACCGGGUCUGCGUCUCUCACGUGGAUAGGUAGACCAUUCCAUAAAAAUGUAUCUCAAUAGGAGAAAGCCCUGCCUCCAGCUGUUUGCUUAGAAAUUCUAAGGACAAUAAGAAGGCCUGCGUCUUGUGACCGUAGCAUAUGUAGGCAUGUACGGCAGGACCAAAACUUGAAAUAAGCAUUCGAAUACUCAGGCUAAGAGUUUUUGCAUAAAGUUAAUCUUUCCCCAACUAAGGUCCCGCUCUUUUCACGCUCACAUUGUCCAACGCUCCCUGCCCAAUUUCACUCCUCUUCCACUCAAAAUGAAUGGCUUUCCGUAGUUUAAUCGUCCACAUCGCCUGUAAAAAGGUACCGUGAGAGCGUUUGAUAAAGUGGCUCAAGCUUUCUCCAGGAUACAUUCUGUAGCAGCUAAAUGCCUACAAUGACGGUCUACUUUCGUUACACCAACGCUACGCCCCCAGUAUAGCAGCUCUGUUAGGGGCUGAACUCAAAUCGCUAAACUCAUAAACCAGGUUGGAACCAUAAUGUGUAAUACUCUAUAAAUUAUCCCAACAGUGUUCAGAGUGGACUGUCAGAUUUUGUUCUGUUCUUUUAAAGAAUUUCCUGAUUUAGCCUCGGUUUAAAUUCUCCUCUUUAGGAAAUGCGACAGAAUGAGAUUUGGGUUUCGGAGGCGUGCUUUGGUGUGUUUGUUUGUGUGUGUUUUGGGAAGCGUUUGUACUUCCACCCUGCCAAAACAUUAGUCACUCACCUUUCUAGAUAACAUGAAACCGUGUUGCCUUGAAGUAGCUUAGACUAGCUAGCAAGCUUUCCAACUUCUUUCGCCAAUUAGCUUCAGCCGGCAGGUGUGCGACGGUGGCAGUUGGUUUGAAUUGAUUUGGUUAGCCUACCUGUGAGGCUAGCAGGAGUUAAAGUUCCUAGUCACUGCUGGUUUGGAGAUGACAUAGCCUAAUACAGACGGAAGCAUGUCUGUUCUACAAAAUGUAUUCCCAAAUAAAUGUAUUCUCUAAUAUUU